AUGGCGUUUAACCCGAUCUUAAUUGACGAUGAAGUCGGCCUUUUAGACUCAAGUCGCGUAAACCGAGCGGACAAUGGCAAUGACAGAUAUGGGAAUCUCUUCGCCUCGACGGCGUCGGGAGGGGGAGCGGUAGGAACCCUCCCCUCGUCGUACGCACCGCGGGAUGAGAAGCUUUGCUUUCCCCAAGACAUCACGCUCGAGGAGGCGAUCCGUCGUUGUGAGCAGCGCUACUACCACGAAUUUACCUGGAACGUCCCUUUCCCGCAGAUCCCCGACACCCCUUUGCUCUAUUACCCCAAUGACUACACGGAGCUGCUCACGAAUCCUUGCCCGGAUGGGGUGAUGCAGUCGGAGCUCGACGCGAUGGCCGAGGGUGUGCUUGCGAGCUUGCCCUUAGCGUACUACCCCGUACAGCCGGAGGCGCUACAGGAGGCCCGUGAGGCCGCCGCACGGACUCGACGCCACCUCGACGACCUCCAACGCCGCGCGCAGGCCGCCGGGAAGGUUGCCGCCACCCCGUGGCGGCCGGAGGAGGCGAAUACGCAGCUCGACGCCGCCGACGCCGCGCUGCUCGCGACCGAUCUCGAUCGCAGCCUCACGCAACAGCGGGAUAUGCCUUCCCUUACCCUCAUUCAGCACCCGCUUUAUACGGAUAUGGGGUUGGUGCCGCUGGAGGAGCGCGAUCUCGCCCGUCGCGAGCGGAUCGUCCCGCGGGAGCUCUCUCAGCACCUUUCCCAAGGAGGAGGGGGAGCGCCUGAAGGCCCGGAUGGGUAUGACGCCGCGGGCCUCCCCGUCGCCCCUGACGCGGAGACGACGCGGGAACGGUGGCGGGAAGGGGUGCAGCGCUCCUUCCGUCAGGCGCGGGCGCUUGAUCAGCAGUUUGACCAGUUCAUCGCCGACCUCGCGCACGGCAAGCUAGGGUUGAGCAAGGAGGACGAGGAGCAUUUACAAAUCGCGCGGACGCUGUGGCGCGUGCUAUUUGAGGGCACCACGGGCGCCCAGCAGUGGGACGUCUGGCGCGCGAUUUGUUGCUUUUCCUUCGCCUACAGCGAUGCCCAGUCGAGCCGACAGGCGGUGAAGGACCUCAUGGGCUCACUCGAGCGGCGACAUCUGCCGCAGUUUUUGUCCUCUUGGCGUCCCCUGGUCCGCAGCUACAUUGCCGCACUCGAGAAGUAUGUGGCGUCAUUGGGAAACGACAAUGCCGUACGCAAGCGCCAACUCUAUUUCAACGAGGCUGAGCUGGAUCCUCUGUACACCGGAGGCUUCCAACCCGAACUAGUGGUGGGCACCGGACUGCGCCGCAAGAGUACGGUGUUGGGUGAGAAUCAUAUGCCCAUGCCGAUCUACCCGAUUGAGGUGAUACCAGUCUUUCCGAGUGGCUUCACGCGGGCUGCGCAGGAGGGUAUUUCGGCUGAGAAAUCGGCGGAUGGGGCGUUGGACUUCCUUGCCGAGGCUGCUGAGACUUUACAUCAUAUGAUUCUUCCAGGCGCUGCAAUCAACUCGGCACAACUGAACAAACCACACGUGCUGGUGGGCAAUACAAAUUUACUUGUGGUGGAGGAGGAUUUGAAGACCGAAUCCGCUCGUAGCGCUCCAUUUCUACAACAGAAUCCGUCUCGACCUCCGGCGUCAGUGGCGCAGAUCACGGAGGGGGUCGCGAUUAGCUACCACGCCUCACGCGAGAACACCUUUAGAUUGCUUUACAAUGAUGAUGUAAAUACCAGUAGCUAUCUUAUGCACCUCUGGUCGCAUCAUGGAAAGAAGAGUGCCGAUGGGCAGAGCACGGAUGCAAUGAAGGGUGCCUUAAGUAAAGAUGGCAAGUACAUCACGUACGAUCGUAUUGGGAUCUGCAGCAUGUAUGCCAAGGCUUCGAACAUUGAUAUGCCGGCCUUAGGGCGACAUGUGCUACUGUUCUCAAAUGAAGAUUUUAAUGGUGAUGAGGAUCUUUCAAGACAAGUGGAUAGCCUCUUGGAUAUGGGGAAUUCCGAUGCUCACGAGUCCGCCACCCUAGAAGCGUCGUCGCAACGCAUCUCGGGGAUAAAGCGUCCUCCCAGUUCGACGCGUUAUGAUGACGAUGACAUGAGGCAUAAAGUAGCGAGAUAUAUAUCAGAGUCGCAGAAUUGA